CGUGUCAUUGCUCGGCCCGUUUCGGAUACACGUUUGUACUUCACUGUGCACGGACGACGUCGGUUAUAACAACCCUCCUCUCGUGCCGACAAAAUUUCCCACGAAUCAUUUCUGUUUUCGGUCCGAGACCGAUCGCGCCGCGGAUUUAUGGUCUUCUCGUAGCGGCGCGGGUUCAUUACAGCGCGACGUGUGCAGUGUAGCUCCACGGGCGGCGGCGACGCUAUGGGCAACAAGGCGAUGACUUUCACCGAAUCUCAGCUCGAAGACUACCAGGACUGCACUUUUUUCACCAGGAAGGAAAUACUUAGAGUGUAUAAAAGAUACAGAGCGAUUUGUCCUGAAGUAGUGCCCAAGAAAAUGACCGGAGACGAACCAGUGAAAAUCCGCGUGCCACAGGAACGAAUCGAACAGUUGCCAGAACUUAAGGAAAACCCAUUUAAAGAACGUAUAUGUCAGGUAUUCUCAAAAGAAGGCAAUGGGUCAUUGAGUUUUGAAGAUUUUUUAGACUUGUUGUCGGUGUUUAGCGAACAGGCUCCUAGGCAAAUCAAAGUUUACUACGCCUUUAAGAUUUACGAUUUCGACGACGACCAUCACAUCGGUCCAGCUGACCUUGAACAAGUGCUGAAGCUGUUGACGCGCAGUCAAUUGUCAGCUGAGGAGAUCGUUCAGGUGUGCGAAAAAGUCAUUGAAGAAGCAGACGUAGACGGCGACGGAAAAUUGUCGUUUAUGGAAUUCGAACACGUUAUACUAAGAGCACCGGAUUUUUUGGGCACUUUUCACAUCAGAGUGUAGGCAAACGCCACACAUCAAUGUCAAUUAAAAACCACUUAAAAUUUGAAAUGUUUACGUUUAAUUUUAUUAGUCUAAAAAUAGUAUGUACAAAAAGAAAACUAAGACAUAAUAAAUUGAGCUUUGAGACAUAUAAUAUAGGUAAUUACAUUUUGGGACAUGCGCUCAAGACUUAAUAAAUGUUUUUAAACGUUCAUUUAUAAUAUAGUUUUAUGGUAGAUAAUUGAUACUCAGGUUCAAGUGUACAACUAUAAUAUAGAUAAUCUAAAUACUUUUCGACACAAUUUCUUGGCCCGUAGUAAGGUGUUGUACAAUGAAUGGGAACAAACAAACAACAUUGAGGUAUGAUAAAUUCUCCUAAUAAAAAUGUCUUUCAUUUGAAAAUUACAUUAAAUACAAAUUCAAGGGACUCAAUAUAAAUAAUUUAAGAAACACAAAUGUAAAAACUAAAUAGUAGGUAUUACAUAGAUAGAAAAAAAAAUGUUCAACAACAAGAUUUUAUCACUUGUUACUUCAUUUUUUGAGUAUAAUAAAUCGAUUAAUACUAAAACGUUUUUGUUUUUUUUUCCAAUCUAAUCAAACAACUAAUUACUAAUUAUUUUAUUAAAACAAUCAGUCAAUUAUGUAAUCUGGACAAUGUUACAGACAUUCAAAAUUAAGUUUUGAAAAAAAAAUAAUUGUCGAGUCAAUUAUUUGUUGCGUGUAUUAUUCACAUGAAAUGUUUCAAUAGUACAAGUUUUCAUCAAUAUUAACUAAAUAAUAUAAAAAUUGGGCUACAGAGUACAGGUAUUAAUACCAAAACAUUUCAUGUUAUUUUA